AUGACGAAGGCAUCAUCCAUCUCCAGUCGUCGCUCACACUUCUACCUGCCACAUCACGGUGUUCUCAAGCCUGACAGUACAACAACAAAGCUGCGAGUCGUAUUUAAUGGCUCCAGCGCAUCCACAUCGGGCUACUCUGCUAACGACCUCAUGUAUACGGGAGCGAAAUUGCAUCUGAAUAUCUCAGAUGUUCUCCUCUGGAUACGAAGACAUCGUCACAUUUUCGCUACGGAUAUCACCAAGAUGUACAGGCAAAUCAAAAUUCACAAGGAUGACUGGGAGUUGCAACGGAUACUCUGGAUGGACGAUCAACUCAAUGAGGUGCCAUACCAUCUGACAACCGUCACCUACGGGACAAAGGCCGCGCCGUUCUUGGCCGUCAGGACGCUGUUACAACUAGCAGAGGACGAAGGACAUAAAUAUCCCCUGGCUGUGCCAUCCAUCACUCAUGGCAGGUAUGUCGAUGACAUAUUUGGUGGUGCAGAUACGAUUCAACAAUUGCAGGAGGUCGCACAUCAACUAAAGGGCCUCUGCAUGGCGGGCGGCUUCCCACUAGCAAAAUGGCAUGCUACUCAUCUCGACAUACUCAAGACUGUCACCGACAGAGAAGACCAAGGCUUACCAAUCACAUUCGACGAUUGCGCAACCAAGAUACUCGGACUUAAAUGGCUCCCUCAAGAAGAUACCUUUGCAUUCUCAACACGAAGCUCACGCAAGGAAGGCAGGCUCACAAAACGCCUCGUCUUAUCUGAAGUGGCUCAGAUAUUCGAUCCACUUGGCUUUGCAUCACCCGUCGUGAUCAAGGCCAAAAUUCUCUUGCAGGAGCUGUGGCUGCACAAGCUCCAAUGGGAUGAUCCACUGCCAUCCCAGCUCUCAACCCGGUGGCUCUCCAUCAGAGAAGAACUCACAAGUCUGGCCAGACUCUCAAUACCUCGGUGGCUCAAUACAUGGAGCGACUCGCAAGUGGAACUUCAUGGAUUCUCUGAUGCUUCUCAAUUGGCAAUGGCUGCAGUCAUAUACAUAUCCGUUAACGACUCAAACGGCGCCACGUUCUCACUUGUGUGCUCCAAGACUAAGGUAGCACCUCUCAAGCGGCUCUCAAUCCCAUCUCAUGCAUCACGCUGGAAGGAUUUUGUCAGGAACAGGGUGGCUCAAUUUCAAGAGCUCACUCCAGCUGCUCACUGGAGAUACAUACCUGGAACUUCCAACCCGGCUGAUUGCGCAUCACGAGGCCUCACGACCACUCAACUUCAAAACCACGCACUCUGGUGGACGGGACCACCAUGGCUACUCAAUUCAGACUCAUGGCCGUCGCAACCAGCACUCUCUGACGAGAUGAGUGCUACAGAAGCUCGCCCAGGCGUUUCGCUAUUGACGGUUACGCCAAAGGCUGAAUAUCAAUGGGAACUCAUCUACAGAUUCGUCUCACGGUUGAGGAAAGUCCACGACUCAUUGCCUGUCAGACACAUCUCUCCAGAGACCUUGGAGAAAGCGAGGCUCUUCUGGAUCAGGCCACUCAAGCAACGUACUUCUCGCACGAGCUCAAGGCAUUACAGGCAGACUCACCGUUGGCAAGGGCACACGCAUUCAACAGCUGUCGUCACUUAUCAUCGCUCACGCUCAUCAACGGACGCUACAUGGAGGCACACAGCUUACGCUGUCGCACAUCCGACAACAAUACUGGAUUCUAGGCGGGAGGGCCCCUGUCAAGUCCCACAUUCUGCGGUGUGUCACGUGUGCUCGGUAGAGGGGGAUCCGUGCUCAUCAAUUGAUGGGCCAACUACCUCUCUCUCGGGUUACGCAGGCACAACCGUUCACUCAGGUGUGGACUACGCGGGGCCGCUCAAAACAUGGAAGAGAAGAGGUGCCAAAACAACUAAAGGCUGGAUUUGCGUUUUUGUCUGCUUCUCAACCUCAGCAGUACACCUCGAGGCGGUCAGUGACUACUCAACGGAGGGAUUCAUUGCCGCCUAUCGACGCUUCUCAUCCAGACGCGGCAUUGCUCACACCUUACACUCCGACUGCGGCACCAAUUUCAUCGGCGCGGAUGCGGCUCUCAAAAGGCUGUUUAUCCAGAGCACUCAAGAACAUCAGCGAGUUUCUCACCUGCUCUCGCAAGAUAACACCCGAUGGGAAUUUAAUCCCCCAGCGACACCUCACAUGGGAGGAAAAUGGGAGGCCGUCGUAAAAUUCAUCAAGUACCACCUACGGCGGACCAUUGGAGAAAGCGUGCUCACCUUUGAGGAGCUCACCACAUUGCUCACUCAAAUUGAGGCAAUCCUCAACUCCCGCCCUCUCGAACCAUUAAGUGACGACGCGGACGACAUCGCAGCGCUCACGCCAGGUCACUUCCUCGUAGGAAGUCCGCUCACCGCCAUACCAGAGCCCUCACUCACCGACCUGGCAAUCUCAAGACUCUCUCGAUGGCAGCUCAUCCAGCAGAAAGCACAUUUCUGGACACACUGGGCAGCGCAUUACCUACAACGACAACAAGCCAUCUCAAAGUGGCACCACAGGAGCAACGAAAUCAAGGUCGGGUCAUUGGUGCUCAUCACCGACGAGCGGCUACCGCCAUGCAAAUGGCCGUUAGCCCGGAUCACGGCUCUACAUCCUGGGAAGGAUGGUCUAGUGCGGGUGGUGACUCUGAAGACAGCCACUACCACUCUCAUCCGACCAGUGGUCAAGCUCGCCGUCCUGCCAAUCUCAUCAUAA